UUUGAGGAAGCAUGUAUGCGUUAAUCUACUUUCAACUAUGGUUAUGGGGUCUUUACCGCCUUCAUCGUCAAGAGUCAUACAGGGAUCUCUAUUCCUUUUUGUGGUUGCUUUAAUCAAUUCAUCAUAUGCUGAUCAUAAGGAUCAAUGUAUUGACAUUAAAAAAUCAGACUUUCCAAACGAUUUCGCAUUAGGCGUUGCUACCGCAGCAGCACAGAUAGAAGGAUCGACCAAUAAGGGAGGAAGAGGACCGAGCAUUUGGGAUGAAUUUAUUAAAAAAUUUCCAGAAAAAGUGAAGGACAAAAGUAAUUUUUCAACAGCACUGGAUUCGUAUAAUAGAUACAAGGAAGAUGUGCUCAUUUUGGAAAAGCUUGGAGUAAAGUAUUAUAGGUUUUCAAUCUCUUGGACCAGAAUCCUUCCUCAGGGAUCAGUGAGUGGUGGAGUAAACCAAGAGGGUAUUGAUCACUACAACAACCUCAUUGAUGAGUUGAUAAAACAUGGCAUCACACCUUUCGUAACUUUGUUCCACUUCGACUUUCCGCAAGCCUUACAAGACAAAUAUGGAGGCUUUCUUAGUUCCAGGGUUGUGAAUGAUUUUAAGGAUUAUUGUGAAAUUUGCUUUAAAGCAUUUGGAGAUAGAGUGAAAAAUUGGAUUACAGUGAAUGAGGCAUAUAUUAUUGCCUUUACUGGUUAUGACUUAGGAACUUCAGCACCGGGCAGAUGUUCACCACCUGCAGGGCCAGCCGGUCCAUGUGUAGCAGGUAAUUCAUCCACUGAACCAUACAUCGUGAGUCACAAUAUUCUUCUUGCCCAUGCCGAAGCUGUUCAAAUCUACAGAGAAAAGUUUCAAAAACAGCAAGGAGGACAAAUAGGAAUCACCAAUGUGGGACAAUUUGUUGAGCCUUAUUCAGAUUCACCUGAUGACAUUGCAGCUGCAGAAAGAGUUUUAGACUUCACUUUGGGAUGGUAUGUAGAACCAUUAGUGUAUGGUGAUUAUCCAAAGAGUAUGCGAGAUUUGGUGAAAGAAAGAUUGCCCACUUUUACUGAAGAGCAAAAGAAUUUGGUCAAAGGCUCUUUUGAUUUUCUUGGCAUUAAUUACUACACUGCAAGAUAUGCUAAAAAUAUCAAAAAAUCAGAAGGAUUGCCUCGUUAUUCAACAGACUAUUUAGCAGAUGUUACAGCCGAAAGAGAUGGAGUUCUUAUAGGUCCUAAGCCCGAAGGAAGCGAUUUUAUUUACUAUUAUCCACAAGGAUUGCAAAAACUUUUAGAGUUCAUGCAGCAAAAAUAUCAACACCCUACUAUAUACAUCACUGAAAAUGGGAUCACGGAGGCAAAUGUUGAAAACCGUACACUCAAGGAGGCCUUAAAAGACGAACAUCGAAUUAGUAGUAUAAAAUCACAUUUGUACUAUCUUCUUCAAGCAAUGGAGAAUGGUGUAAAUGUAAAAGGAUAUUUCUAUUGGGCUCUAUUUGACGAUUUUGAAUGGGGGGAGGGCUAUGUACCAAGAUUUGGUCUUUACUACAUUGAUUACAAAAAAAACCUCGAUCGCGUACCUAAAAAUUCUGCUAAGUGGCUCGAAAGCUUCCUCAGCAGUAAUUAAACCUCCAAUUAAACUUUUCUUUGAAGGUUCCUUUUGUAAUGCAGUGCCUUGUACAAAAAUUUAAAAGAAAUGAUUAAAUGGAGGAAGGAAAAAAUAAAUACGUUGCUUUGCAGUUUGAUC